AUGGAUAAUGGAACUUUUGACCACGAGCAGGCCCUGCCGAAGCUGCCCGUCCCAGCCUUGGUUUCUACUGCCGAGCAAAUAUUGCACAGUCUGAAACCUAUAGUUGACUUCAUCAACAGCAAGACCAUCCGGGCCAUCCAGGCUCGAUUGGUCAGAUCCUACGAGAAGAAUGACUGCUAUCUGGAUGCCGAAGGAAUCAGCACCACAACUCCUGGUACUUACGGUGAACUUCGUGGUAAGACCCUUCCUAGAAAUCCUUUUUUCGUUCUUGAGGACGACCCGUUGUCCAAAACCGUUGUUCCCCCCACCCAGGCUUCCCGUGCUUCUGCCUUGAUUCGUUCCGCCUUGAGGUUUGCCUGUGCUCUUCGGAGUGAGGUGUUGAAACCAGAUGUGUCUCCCAAGAGUGGGAACCCAUUGACUAUGAACUCGUACCAUAAUUUAUUUGGAACCUCCAGAAUUCCAUAUGAAGUCGAUGCUAGAAAUCGUCAAAAAAUCGGAAUCUCUCUGAAAAAAACCGAAUCCUACAAUGAUUCCCGUCACAUAAUUGUCAUCGCCAACAGUCAGUUUUAUAGUUUGGAGGUGUUGACCCCAAACAAGAAGGACAUUGGGCACAAAUUAUGGUUUUCUCGUCACGAGCUUCGUCAAAUUUUGGAAGACAUUAUCGCAGACUCUGAAUCCACUGAUAUCAUUGAUAGAACAAGACAAUCCGUUGGUUCGGUCACUACAGAGAGCAAGGCAACCUGGAAUUACAUGCGUCUCAAGUUGGCAGAAGAAAACAAAGCACAAUUGGACCUGAUCGACUCUGCUUUGUUUGUUGUCUGCCUCGACCAUGAAUCUCCUACUACUGAUGACGAGAAAGUCAGCUGUAUCUCUCACGGUACCACUCGCAUCCAGAAGGGAAUUCAAGUUGGUUCAUGUACUUCUAGGUGGUAUGAUAAACUGCAGAUUAUUGUCACUAAGAACGCUGUGGCUGGUGUCGCUUGGGAGUCCACUUCUUUAGAUGGAACCUCAGUUUUGCGUUUUAUUAGUGACGUCUACACAGAUUCCGUUCUUCGAUUAGCUAGACAAAUCAACGGGUCCAAUUAUACUUUAUGGCCGAAGGCUGAUACAGUCAAGAUUGAUAGUGAGGUUGUGAAGCCAACAUUUUCAAAGUUGACCUUCAACUUGUCUAAUGAGCUAUUCAAAGGUUUGCAUUUGGCUGAGACUAGACUUGCUGAUCUUAUCAGUCAGCACGAGUAUGUCACAACCCAAAUUCCUAACUUUGGUAAAACAUUUGCUAACAAGAUGCAAGUCAGCGCAGAUUCACUGUUCCAAGUUGCUGUUCAGAUAAGUUAUUAUGCCCUAUACGGAAAGGUUCCAUCAACUGCAGAGCCAAUUUCAUUGAGAAGAUUCAGAAAAGCCAGAACUGAGAUUGUAUCUGUGCAACGUGAGUCAGUUUUGAAGGCCUGCCAGGUAUUUAUUUCUCAGUUUUCUCCAGAGGAGAAAUGGGAGUAUGUUGCUCUUGCCUGUAACGAACAUGCGAAACAGGUUUCUCAGGCCAUGAAAGGUAAGGGCUUUGAAAGACACUUGAGUGCUCUCAGAUCUGCCUAUAUUCAAAAAGAUUUGUUGGCUAAACUAUACCCUGAUAUGGAAAAGAUAAACGAUAACGAGAUACCUCCUUUAAUUUUCGACCCCGCUAUUGACUUCCUAUACCAAACUGAGUUAUUGAUUGCUAACUGUGGUAACCCAGCUUUGAAUUUGUUUGGAGUUACUCCAUCAAUUGCCAGUGGAUUUGGUAUUGGAUAUAUUAUCAAGGAUGAGUCUAUCUCGGUCGUCGCAUGCUCUCAAUGGAGACAAACGAAACGAUUCUUAACUACCUUGAAGAAGGUCAUUGAAGAAAUCAAGAACGAUUGGGCUAAAGCGCAUCCAGAGAUUAAAACCAAAGCUAUUGGGUCCUCAAGAGCUAGGGAGUUAGAGGAUACUGUGGACAAGUUUGAUGAUGUCGAAUCUCAUGUAAACAAGUUCAUCAAGUCUUUGCCACAAGAACUGAUCAACUCGAACAACAGUCUAGAAUACAAAAAGAAGCCAACCUCCAAAGGCGAUUCUGUUGCGGCUCCUUCUAACUACAUUUUAGGUGGCUAUGACUAUUUCAAUGUUGGAGAGUUAGAGUCUCGCUCUAAUCAAUUAACCCGAGCAAACUCAACUUUAGUAUCUAGGAGUGGCAGUGCAACCAACUUAAAGGCCCUUGCUGACCAAACUGUUACCACUAUUUCUGAAAAAGACGAAAGCAACGUCAAGGUUCACUCUCCACCUCUUUCUUCCAGAAGUAAUAAGAACAGUAUUGGGCGAAAGUUAGUCCUGCAUAGCGAGUAA